UUUUUGAAACUCCUAUCCGAUGGAAAUCCCUAGCUCUUAAAUUCCUGAGUUCCCCAAUUCCACGACCCCCAUUUUGAAUCCGCCAACACAACCCCUCUCCGUUCUCCGGAUUCGAUUCCCCCUCCGAGACCUCAUAGAGAAACGGCGAAGAAAUAGAUCGCGCUCUCCUCUCCUCCCCUCUGAUUCGGUUUGAUUUGGAUAAUGGCGGAUAUCCAUUCCCCUAGCGGCAGAUUCCACCUCCACCACCAGCGGCGGCGAGUCGUCGGGACCCUCUCGUACCACCAGAUCCUCGUUGUGGUGCUCUGGGCGUCCUUGUUCGCGUGUAUUUUUGUUUGGCAGAGGAGCGCCGUGAAUGUGCUCCGGGUUUACCGGCGGGGGCCGCCGCCGCAGGCCCCGAUGCUCCGUCCGGUGGUGUUCAAUUUGACCGAUUUCGGGGGGGUUGGGGAUGGGGUCACGUUGAACACCAUGGCGUUCGAGCGUGCUGUGGAGGCGAUCUCGAAGUUCUCGGAGCGAGGUGGCGGGCAGCUCAAUGUGCAGCGUGGUGUCUGGCUCACAGCGCCUUUUAAUCUCACUAGUCACAUGACUCUCUUCCUCGCCGAAGGUGCAGUGAUUCUUGGAAUCGAGGAUGAGAAAUACUGGCCUUUAAUGCCUCCACUACCGUCAUAUGGGUAUGGGCGGGAGAAGAAAGGACCUCGGUAUGGAAGUCUGAUCCAUGGUCAAUAUCUUAAGGAUGUGGUUAUAACAGGACAUAACGGAACCAUAGACGGACAAGGCGAGAUGUGGUGGUCGAAAUUUCGAGAAAAACUUCUCAAACAUACAAGAGGGCCUCUUGUACAGAUUAUGUGGUCCAGAGACAUAGUAAUUUCCAAUAUAACUCUGCGCAAUCCUCCUUUCUGGACUCUCCAUCCUUAUGACUGCAAGAAUGUCACUAUUUCAAAUGUGACCAUCUUGGCUCCUGUUCAUAAUGCUCCAAACACAGAUGGAAUAGAUCCUGAUUCUUGUGAGGAUAUGGUUAUAGAAAACUGUUACAUACAUGUGGGUGAUGAUGGAAUAGCAAUAAAGAGUGGUUGGGAUCAGUAUGGAAUUGCAUAUGGGCGACCAUCGACCAACAUUUUAAUCCGCAAUGUUGUCCUUCGCACUGUUGUGAGUGCUGGGGUCUCAAUUGGCAGCGAGAUGUCGGGUGGGAUUUCCAAUAUCACAUUGGAAAAUAUUCAUGUAUGGGACUCGAGGCGGGGUGUGAGGAUAAAGACUGCUCCUGGGAGGGGAGGUUACGUCCGCGACAUCUCAUACCGCAACCUGACGUUCGAUAACCUCAGUCUCGGAAUUGUGGUCAAAACUGACUAUAAUGAGCACCCGGACGAUGGCUUCGAUCCUGAGGCCAUCCCUUGCGUCGAAAACAUUUCUUUCCAUGGGAUCUAUGGGCGGGAUGUCCGGAUCCCUGUCCGGAUCCAAGGCAGUGAGGAGAUCCCCCUAAGGGGCGUCAGUUUCAGGGACAUGACUGUUGGCGUGACGAAAAAGAAGAAGCGUCUCUUCCAGUGUGCACAUGUUUUUGGGCGUGCAAUUGGAAAAAUCUUCCCAGCGCCAUGUGAGAACCUUGACCAUUAUGACGAGCAGGGACGGCUGGUGAGGCGUUCGACGUCACAGAAUUCUACUUUAAUAGAUUACGACUGAGAAUUAUUCAUUAUUCUUUGUCCAUACGAUACAGUUCUUCGUUUUUUUUUUUUUGAUGGCAAAUAGUUUCGUUGGCUGCCUGGGCUUCCGCUGACUGGUAGCUUUUUUUCGGGUUUUUUUUUUGGAGUUGAUUGAUUAGUGUCCAUAAAAGCAGCAACUGAAUCAUUUAUUCAGGCAAUUGAGGGUCUGUUUGGAUAAUUUAGUGGAAUUAUGCUGCAUUUCUUGCUGGAUUAGUGAA